GAGGGAUGGCUUUCAAAAUACGUUUGAAGUCACGAGGCGCGACAGAACAACGAAUAAAACACGUUUGAUGGCGAAAUUGAACGUCGUUCAUAUUCACCAAACAAGCCCCAUUCAUAAUUUCCAAUACAGCCACUCUGCCUCUGACAAUUCGAUUUCAGGUUGUGAGAAGCUUCAGGACAAUAAUUCGACGAAGUGGACAGAUUCUUAUGCAGUUGAAGAAGUAAGCAUAUUUGUUUGCCUUUUCAACCAUGUUUGGCGGUCUUGUGAUUCCUGUUAAUAGUCCACAUUUGCGGAAGUCUGGAAGCAGACCUGUUGUCUCUGAGCCUGUGCAAUUUCCAGGUGCAAAUGAGGUGGAAAAUGGUGUGGAUGAAGGUGUAUUGUAUUCAACAGAGGCGAAUGAUUUAAAGAGUGCUACAAUGCCAAUAAAUGCCAUUGCAAUAAUACCCUCACCUGUUUUGUUAUGGAGAUUCAAGGUACUCUUUUUCCUUGUCUGGGGCUUCAUCUGUUGCAAGAUUGGAUGGGAUUCUGUCACGAGAAUGAACGCAAACAAGCGGGAUUUAUUUCUAUAUGAAGCAUUUUUGUAUUAUAAUCCUCUUCUUCUUGCGACUUUGAUGGUUUGGCUUUGGGGAAUCAACUUAUGGUUUUUCAGUAAAGGUGGUGUCAAUUAUCCAAAAAUAUUUGAUCUUGACCAAAAUCACCUGACUCACAGAGAAGUAUGGAAGUGUGCAACAUGGAUGACAAUUAUUGCUCCAACCAGUAUGACAGCAUAUAUUUUUCUUUAUUCUCAAGGAGAAGUCUCAUAUGCCGCAUCACAACCAGUUCUCUUGUAUGCUGCUGUUGUAAUGGUUUUGAUAUUCCCCUCUGAUAUCUUCUAUUUUUCUUCUCGGUAUUAUUUCCUAAGGACACUUUGGCGUAUAGUUUUCCCAUUGCAGGCAAUAUCAUUCUCUGAUUUUUUCUUGGCUGAUAUUUUAACAUCCAUGGUUAAGGUUUUUUCUGAUUUGGAACGUUCAGUAUGUAGAAUGGUCCAUCGACAGGUUGCCACAAUUGCAUGGUUGGAAGCUGAUUCUGUUUGUGGCAGCCACUCUGUUGCAAUCCCUUUAGCUCUUGUUUUGCCUUACCUUUUCCGUUUAAACCAAUGUCUCCGACAGUACAAAGAUACAGGGGAGAAGACUGCUCUUUUGAAUGCUUUAAAAUAUUCAACUGCCGUGCCAGUGAUUUUUCUUUCUGCCCUGAAAUAUCACGUCUCCCCUGAAAGAUGGACAAACUUAUAUAGGCCUCUCUGGUUGAUGUCAAGUGUUGUGAAUUCACAAUACUCUUUCUACUGGGAUGUGACUCGAGAUUGGGAUUUGAGUGGUUUCACUCGAAUAUUCAAGUUCAGCAAGCCACAUUUGCUAUCACAUCUGUUACAUGGAAGGAGAUGGGUUUACUUUUGGGUGAGUGGAAGCAACUUGGUUUUGCGUUGCACAUGGACAUACAAGUUGUCUGCCCAUCUUCGCCAUAAUCACCUCACUGUGUUCACCAUUGCUGCCCUGGAGAUUUUCCGCCGCUUCCAGUGGAUCUUUUUCCGUAUAGAAAAUGAGUGGAACAAGAUAAAUUCUAAAUCACACAUUCAGCUUUCAGUUGAUGAUGACAUGCCUAACGAGGGAGAAAAAUUACUUCAUUCUAAUCCCCACAGUGUAUAAGCUACAGGAUUGUAUGAUGCGUUCGCACUUCGCAGCAUCAUGUUUUGUCAUUUCAACC